GCAUGGCCAGUGCAUCGUUCAGAGGUUUAGGGCACCGGCGGUGAUCGGGUUCUAUAUUAAAUGUGCAGCUAUGUUACGUGUCCGAAUGAAGAUCGUCGUCCGGGAAGUUUUUGAUAUCUUACUAUUUAGCUGUAUGGGUCAGUUCCUUUUAGAAAGCAGCGGAAUUUUAUGAUUUGUUAAUUAUGGUCGAGGAUUGUGGAGCUGCGCUCGACGGCGUUUAUGGGCCAAUUGGAAAAUGCAACAGCUGCGAUGGUGUACACAUUGACUCGUGUCGCAAUUGCUAAGGAAGAGAAGAAGCUGCAUCCAGCAGCCGAAAUCGUGUUUGUGCAUGACCUGGGUUGCAGUUCCUAGAACAGGCUAUCCAAUCUCGCCGAUCCCUGUGACGAUACGGUGGUCACCGAGGAGUCAUGCGAAUGUACUCUUGGCGUGGCGAUUGUUAUUUCGAUGUUGGUUUCUCUGUGUACCAGUGUGCAAGUUAAGACUGGAUGUGCUGUUCGGAGCAGGGGGCUAUUUUGCAAGCCCAUUAUUGCUCAUGGCCUUGUUGAGUAUGACCGUGGUGGGCAUUCAAGAGGAGACUUCAUGGAUUGUAAUCGUGAUGACUUGGUGGAGGUAUGAAGAAAAUGCUUUAAUCUUCUUGGAACAGAACUCGCGCAGUUUGCAGAUUCCAGUUGCGUGCGCAUCUGAAGACUACAAGGUGCUGCGGCUGACAAUGCUCUACAUCUGCUGGACAGGCUUACCAUCUGGAAGCUGCUUCCCCAAGUGAACUAUCAAAUGUUUAGCGACAGAGUCAGUUUCACUAAUUGGUUCGAAUGCAUGAGAUUUUUCCAUCAUCAUGUACAUGGAGUGUUGAUGCUGAGUAGAAGUGAUAACAAUGAGAUAGGUAUGGAGAUGUUAGAAGGACGUGGUUAGUAUGAAUAUGCAUACUUCUGAUCAUUUCUAGCUCCACUUCAUGAUCAUUUUGUAAUUUUAAAUAUCGAGUUCAUAAAAUCACAAGCUCUAUUUGCCAAGC